AUGCCGAAGCGCAAAGCAAACAGCAAUAGUCAGCCCACUCCAAGGAAAGGUCAAAGGAGAGGACGGGGUCCUCGAUCGGCGAAUGCUGAUGCUGCAGCAUCGGCUGUCCCCUCAUUACUGUUGGAUCCUUCAGAACAUGACCAUUCUCAGCUACAAGUUAGCAGUCUUCCAGCAUCUCCGCAACCAGCGGUGUUGACAGCAGACCAACUGAGACAGGUCACUGAAAGCGUAGCAGCUUUGAUAAAGGAAUCACAGGGAGGUAUAGUAGAACCAGCAUCCUCCCCUAUUUUCGAUGAAACGUCAGGUGAUACAAUUAUUUCUAGUGCAUGUAGGGCAGCUGUGCCCAGCUACGACAAUGAGUUAGGUCAUAACGUCCCAAACAAUGUAAAAAUAAAGAUUAUCAAUGGGGAGUACAUAAAUUUAGGUAAACUGCUUAAUAAUGUUCCAGAAACUGACCCCAAUGAUGACACCAAAUAUUUUUCUCUAAAAGACGGGAAACUUGCAGUCACGAAUAAGCCUAAAGCAAAACCCAUUACGGACAUACAAGUAUGGACUGACGCUUUCCUUAUCUUUUCAACGAUUUAUGCAUCCGCUCAUCCCCAUGCAGCAGUAUCUUUGUUAAAAUAUAUGCACACAAUACGGUUAGGCGUCAUUCGUAUUAUGGGGUUGGGCUGGCGGGACUAUGACAUCCAGUUCCGUCGUAAAAAAGAGCGUAAUCCUGUAUUAUCAUUUGCAGUAGUUGACCAAGAGUUGUGGUUGCUCUAUAUGUUUAACAGACCUAUGACGCUGCAGACUGAGCAGGGAUCAGAACCCAAUCCCCCUUCUCUCAAGUGUUAUGAUUUUAAUUAUAAAAGCGCAUGUCCAAGACAACACUGUCAGUACAGUCACACGUGUAUCCUUUGCUCACAGCCAGACCCACACACUAAGCACAAAAAUAUAACUCGCUCUCCAUCAAAUCUUGUGUCGGCAAACACGCAGUCAGCAUGGUGCUCCUUGCCCUCAGAAACUCAAGCAGCCCCAAAUACCUAUAACAGACCCGCAUCGAGUUCAACCCAGUCUUUUAGACAUCAAUAGUAUAGCCCCCCCCCCCCUUAAAAUUGCGAGCCUUGCAAAAUGCUCAACAAA